CCAUCGAAUUCCUUCCAUAGUUACACACAUCUCUAUAUUUGCCCCCUAUAUUUGCGCUACCAUACGACCCAUUUCCCAGAGAACCUCCGCCAUGGAAAACCACCUUCAAGUUCAACAACAACAACAACAGUUGAAGCUACCGCCGGGGUUCAGGUUUCACCCGACGGAUGUGGAGAUCAUUACCGCCUACCUAGUACCCAAGGUGCUAAAGAAACCAUUCGACACCAGGGCAGUUGGGGAGGUGGAUCUGAACAAACAUGAGCCAUGGGAACUCCCCGAGAUGGCAAACAUGGGGGAGAAGGAGUGGUACUUCUUCUCCCAAAAGGACCGCAAGUACCCCCCCGGGAUACGGACCAACAAAGCAACAACCGUCGGCUACUGGAAGGCCACCGGAAAAGACAAGGAGAUCUUCCACCCGCCGACCAUGAGUCUCAUCGGCAUGAAGAAGAUACUAGUCUUCUACAAGGGCAGGGCGCCCAAGGGGGAGAAGACCAACUGGAUCAUGCAUGAGUACAGGCUCGAGAGCGGCAAGCAGCCGACACCCAACCUGCCCACCGACAUCACCAACGCAGCCACCAUUAAUGCAUCUUCCAAGGAGGACUAUGUGGUUUGUAGGAUCUUCCAUAAGAGCACUGGACUCAAGAAGGUGGUUAUGUCAUCGUAUGCCAUGCCCAUGCCCAUGGUAGCAGAGCGGCAGUUGGGCUUCCAAGAAUCCAUUACAUUGCCUCCCCUCAUGGACUACAACGCAUCAUCACCGUUGGCACCACCGUUGUCACUUCAUGCAUCUUCUUUGUAACAGCUACAUGCCGCCGGGGCUAGCUCGUCGAUGAUGGAAGGUGCGUUUCUCCCAACGAUGAAUGGCCAUUAGUUUGGUAACCACCACCACCAGAUGAUGGCCGCCCCACCACAGCCGUCGAUACCAUUCUAUCACCACCAGCAGCAGGAGCAACAACAACACCAUAUGAUGCAGAUGCAGAUGAUGCCGACGUAUAUGAGUGCAGACUAGGGCUUUAUGGUUGGGGUCGACCCUGGGAGCGAACCAUCAUCCAUAGUGUCGUAGGAGGAUGUCCUAAUUGCGUUGAGCAAAAAUGACCUAGGCAACGACGCCGCAACAACGUCCGACGAGAUCAUGUCAGUGAACGUGGGUAUGGAUGGCAUGUGGAAGUACCGAUAAUCAAAUUAUCCAAUAGACCAUAUAAGUUUGUGUGCAUGCAUGAAUUAAUGAUCCGUCCGAAGAUCAGUUGAUAUAUACCCACAUAUAUAUUGGUUUGUACUGCAAUUUAAGUUUUCAGCUUCAGCACAAGAGAGUUUGUAUGCAUUGCUUGAUUUGCCUUGCCUUGCCUCUCUUGUGCUAGCAUUGUGUGUGUGUGUACUGGCUUGUAUGUGUUGUAAAAUACCUGGCAAUGUGUACAUCAUGCAUGUUUUAAAACUGUGUGGAAUAAACUAUUUUCUUUACUAUGAA